GAGAGCCGGGCCUGGUGAAGAUGGCGGCGCUGUGCGAGAGCUUCACGCUGCGCGGGCCGGGCCCCGGCGGCGGCGGCCCCGGCCCCGGGCUGUGCCUGGAGCCGGGCCCGGACCGCGACCUCGUGCUGCUCACCGAGCGCGGCCGCGCCGCCACGCUCUUCAAGAUUUCGGAUCAGAAGCCCCUGGGCUGUUGGUCAGUUAAACAUGGGCAGAUUCUCACCUGUCCUGUGGUGUGCAACUUUGAAACCCAUGAGUACAUUGCAGUUCACGACGACAAGGUUUUAAGAAUAUGGAAGAAUGAAGACAUGAACUUGGACAAAGCCUUUAAAGCAACACUCUCAGCAGACGUGUACAGGAUCCACUCCCUUCCCCAGGGCGGGCCGCUGGUGCUGUUCAGGGGAGGGGCGGUUCGGACACUGGAUGUGCUCUUGGAAGCCCCUCAGCAGGAGAUUGAGAACCUCAUCUCAGCUGAGGUCAUCAGGUGGAGUGGAGCUUUUAUGGACGGCCAACAACCUGUCAUAAUUUUCACUACUGAGAAAGAUAAGGAUAUUUUUGUCUACGUACAGAAACCUAAGCUGAGUGUGCUACACAAAUACAAGCUUGAACGACAGAAACUAGCCAUGCCACUGCGUUUCACAGCACAUAUAACAAACCAAACUGUCACACUUCUGUGUUUGUAUUCCAAUGGCUGUGUAUACCAGGCUCUGAUACCUCUACAACGAGAUACUGAAGAAGAAAAGAAAGAAGAAAUUUUGUCCAAGUCACUACUACUAAAACUUUCAGUAUCUGGAGCAGCUCUGAAAGUAGCAUCUUUAGUUGUCCUGGACAAAGACCACAUUGCAGUGUUGGGCAGUCUGCCUGUACCUGGGCAAAAACCCAACGAGCUUCUGACAAUAUGGAAUACAAAAUUUCAGACGUUGCAAACCUCAAAGGAGCUGCCCAUGGGGACCAGCGGCCAGUUAUGGUGUUAUGAGGAAAAAUUUUUUCUAAUUCAUGGGAAAGUGCUGACUGUAAUUAUGUACAAGUGUGAAACAUCAUCCUUGGCAGCUGCUGUGGGAAAGCUCAAGGACAGUCAAACCCUUGAUGUGUCCUCGUUUGUGGACUGGAAUACCCUGGAAGAUGAAGAGCUGGUGGUUUCCCUUCAGUCCCAGGAGUCUGUAGCUCUGAAAGCAGAGUCCAGAAUAAAUUUGAGAUCAAGAACGAGCACUGUUGCUGGACAGUCAGGGACCUUGUCAGUUGAGCAGCUCUUGCUAAAACUCAAAGGUGCUUCUAAUUUUGUGGUGGAAAUUGAGUUGAAAAAACUAUUGGCGAGAGCACCGACCCUAGAUCUGCAAGCUGCUAUUGGCUGUGUGGUCACUGCCCUUACAGACAGAUGUAAAGGAAAUCCAAAGUACUACCCUCAAAGUUUGCUGCAGGAGAUCGUUGAAACCCGGGACUUCUCCUACAGUUUAUGUCCGGAUUUAAUGGCUGUUGCUUUGGAGAAGAAAGACAUGCAUCUCUUACAAAUCUGCCUAGAACGGUUUCCAGAUAUUCCUGAAGAAAUUACUUAUGCUUGCCUGACAGCAUUUUUAAGCAUGAGUGAAGACCAUCUUAAAAAUAUAGAUCUAAAUCUAGAUUCUGCCAUCUGUUACGUCGAUGUUGAAUCGAACAAUAUGGAAGUUAAGACUGAAAUUCUAGAAAAUGGUUUCAGUGAAGAGAUGGAGCAGGACAUGUGUGAUACCAAAAUGCCAAAGGAAAGCCAGAGCGAUGGGGAAUCCUGCCCUGUUGGGCUCCAGAAGGCAGCACUGCUAAAUGCUGUUCUCCAUUCAUCUUACACUGAAACAUUUCUUUUGCCUCACCUGAAAAACCUUCCAGCUCAACAAGCUAUUCUAUUUCUCAGGUAUUUAUAUUACCUGUAUGUGAAAUGCAGUGAAAAAGUUAACACCACUCUUCCAGGAGUACGCUCUCCCACAAUAAAUCAGAUCAUGGAUUGGAUGUGCCUGUUGCUUGAUGCUCAGUUCACUGUCAUGGUGAUGCUUCCAGAGGCAAAGGACUUGCUUUCAAACCUGCAUAAGUUUGUGAGAGCCCAAGUACGGUUCUACUCAGAACUCAACAAGAUUGAAGGAAGUUUGCGGGAAUUGCAAAGACUGAACCACCUGAGAGAAUCUCAGACCUAUUCUAUUGAAGUGCUGGAAAUCAUUUGAAUUUGAAGCUCAUUAACACAUUUAUUUUGUAUUGAUUCCUUUUAUGACAAGGAUGUAUUAGCACUCCAUAUUGGGGCUGUCAAAAGUUGUUUUCUACAUAGGAGGAGCCUGGUUACUCUGUAGCUACAUGGGAGUUGUAAGUUUGAACCUUGUGUAUUAAAAUCUCUCUUUUUGACUGGA